UUGGUUCCUCCGCACUUCCGCUUGUGCGUGGAACCUGGAUCGAGGAAGCAGAGGAGCACUGCUCGAUAUCGCGGUGUAAACGUGCGUAAGGAACUCAACAACUCCGGUAAAAUUCCUCUACCGUAACUUCUACAUCCUGCGGGUCGACAGGUGCCACUCCUAUAAACUCCACAAGGUCUAAAAUAUCCAACAAUUGCCCUAAAAGGACGAGAAUAUCCGCCCGAGCCGCCAUUUUUUUCUUGAGCGCAAUCAUUGGACGAGAUUCCUGUAAGCCCCGCCCACUGACUUUGAUGGCCGACUUUGACAGUUGGAGGCUACACGUACAGGAACCAGCGCAAGCUGACGGAGGACAUGGACUGGUCGUAUGACGGAACGUUGAACCAGGACAACUGGGCCAAGAAGUUUCCGUCAUGCAGCAGCGCCAAGCAGUCGCCCAUCAACGUGGAGGAGAACCUGGCCCAGGUCAAGCUGCAGUACCAGAAGCUGAGGCUGGAGGGCUGGGAGGACUUGACGGGGGAGCGGACCACCAUGCAGAAUGACGGCAAGACCGUGGCAGUGCACCUGGACGGAGACUUCUACGUCAGCGGGGGGGGCCUCAGGUCAAAGUUCAAGGCGGGGCGCAUCACCUUCCACUGGGGGAGCUGUAACGCCUCCUCCGACGGCUCCGAGCACAGCUUGGAUGGCGUCAAGUACCCCCUGGAGAUGCAGGUGUACUGCUACGAGCCGCUCCGCUUCGAUUCCUUGGAGCAAAGCAUGAAGGCCGGAGGCCGAGUCACGGCCCUCGCCGUGCUCUUUGAGGUGACCUCGGAGGACAACGUCCACUUUGAAGCCAUCAUCGACACCAUCAACAGAGUGAGCAGAUACGAGGAUUUAGCCAAGGUCGCGCCCUUUGCGCCGCGAGGUCUGCUGCCCAACUCCACGGACAAGUAUUUCAUCUACAACGGCUCGCUGACCACGCCGCCUUGCAGCGAGACUGUGGAGUGGGUGGUCUUCAAGAACACCGUGGCCAUCUCCGCCGACCAGUUGAAAACGUUCUGCGAGGUGAUGACCAUGAAGCAGUCGGGCUACGCCAUGUUGAUGGACUACCUGCAGGACAACUACAGGGAGCAGCAGCCCGUCUUCCUGGGUCAAGUCUUCUCCUCCUACACCGGAAUAGAGGAGGUCCACACGCCAGUGUGCAGCUCGGAGCCGGAGAACAUCCAGGCCAUGGUCUACAACCUCAGCAGUCUGCUGGUAACUUGGGAGCGCCCGCGGGCCGUGUAUGACGGCGCCAUCGACAAAUACUCGGUCAGCUACAAGAUGGCCGACGCGGUGGGAGACGCCCCCUCGGAGUACCUGACCGACGGAGACCAGGACGUGGGGGCGAUACUAGACGACGUAACCGCCAACUCCACCUACGCGGUCCAGGUGGUGGCGGUGUGCGCCAACGGCCUCCGCGGACGCGCGAGCAACAUCCUCACGGUCGCUAUGGCCGUCGACGACCCCGCAAAUAGUCUCCUCCCACCUUCCAAUGAGUUUGAGGACGAGGACAUCUACCAACCGCACCUCUCCUGGGAUGACGCCGUAAAAACGGAAGACCCGCCGUGGAUUCCGACAAAGCCCCCAAGGACCUCCACAUCACCUCGCCUCCUCCAACCUGUCGCCAUAGCCACCACAUCAGGGUCUGUUGUGUCAGCCACAUCCCUUAGUUCUGGUCGGACCAGUGAACGCAGUACCUCCAUCGUGCCACCAGAGACCGCCACAUCACCACAGGUCCAAGGGUCCAAAGACUCCACCCCUUCUUUUGACAUCACAACCAAGCCGGCGCUUACUUCUGCCACUCUUUUGCACGCAAAGGCCAGCGACGCCCUCGGCGGAGUCAGUCCAAAGUCCCCUGAAAGCGAUAGCGUCAGUAUGACCAUGAGCACAGUAACGACUUUAGGCGGUCAAGGUGCGCCCUCAAACGGCACCGUCUUUAACGUGAGCGGCACGCCAUCGUCCGUCCAUUUCGGGACAGAUGAAGGUCCGGCAACGCCCGAAAGGGACGAUUGGACCACCGAGGCAAGCGGACUGGAAGACGUCAUGGGGGUCCAGAGAGCGCCGUCUUCCUCGUCGACCCCGGGUGUGUCUCGCACCACACCCACAGAGACAUCCAUGCGGCAGAACAGUGUUCUCUCGCAGACCGUGACAAUGCUCUCGAACGGACUGGAAGACGUCUUGGGGGUCCAGAGAGCGCCGUCUUCCUCGUCGACCCCGGGUGUGUCUCGCACCACACCCACAGAGACGUCCGUGCGGCAGAACAGUGUUCUCUCGCAGACCGUGACAACGCUCUCGAACGGACUGGAAGACGUCUUGGGAGUCCAGAGAGCGCCGUCUUCCUCGUCGACCCCGGGUGUGUCUCGCGCCACACCCACAGAGACAUCCAUGUGGCGGAACGGUGUUCUCUCGCAGACCGUGACAACGCUCUCGAACGGACUGGAAGACGUCCUGGGGGUCCAGAGAGCUCCGUCUUCCUCGGCGACCCCAGGUGUGCCUCUUACCACACCCACAAAGACUUCCAUGUGGCGGAACGGUGUUCUCUCGCAGACCGUGGCAACGCUCUCGAACGGUGAGCGCCUCUCUGUUGGCCCCUCCUCCUUCCCGCUGUAUGACGUCACGGAUCCUGGCCCUGCCCCCUCCGCCUGCCUGCAUGACCUUCCCCCUUCCUCCUCCUCCUCGCUGUUUCCCGCCUCUGCCUCGGACCCCCAGCAUGCCGCUACCGCACCGCUGCCUAGCAAUGACCCAGCUUCUGACCCCGCACCCCCGCUCCCUGUCCCCGCACCUUCUGACCCCUCCCUCUAUAGCGCCACCUUUGAUGAUUUGGUGUCUUUCUCUUCGGGCGAGCCCUCAGUGUUUAGCCAUACCCCUCACAUCCAAAUGGCGCCGGAGCCUUCUUACGGGGUGGAGCUGUCGGAAUGGGGCGUGACCCUGUCCCUCAGCCCCACCCUGCACCCUUCGGUUCUUCUUGCUAGCGACCUCCCGCUUUCCGGCGCUACACCGGGUCUAAAGCAGUCAUUUUCUAAUGAGGUGGAGCUGUUCAGGGAUGCCACAGGAAGCUUGCUGGAGUCCUUUCUCCCUGAGGUCAGCGGUGACGGCUUGUCCUUGGCGAGUGACGUGGACACCUUGUGCGGCUGCUCGCUGGGACCGUCGGUGUCCUCGUCCUGGCCACACGCCACGCCUCACCUCAUCCUGCCAUCCUCUUACGCUAGCGCGGGCCCGCCCCCUGCCUCUGGUGUCGGUGGUGGCGACCUCGUGAGUUCCCUUUCUGCGGUGGGUUCUGCUGGUCGCUCCUCAGAUCGUCCUCUGCUCACUUCUUCCUCGUCUCCGACGCCGCACUCGCACCUCCUGGACGCCAUUCACAGUGCCCCGCCUCUUUCUGUUGCAGCCACAACACCUGAGUCCUCGUUCUCACUGUCUGAUGAGACCUCCGUCCUCCCUUCCUCCCCCACAACCUCCGUCCCUGCAGUUGCCACCCCUGAAUGGCCACUGGACACCAGUAGCGGUGUCUCGGGUUCAGCGCUCUCCCCUGACCGGCAGGACGGCACGGAUCAGGAGUGGGACAGGGUCCAGUUCUCGGGCUCGGGGGAGAGCACGCGUCCUCAUUCCACCGACGCCACUAACACCGCUUCCUCCACCGACGCCACUAACACCGCUCCUUCAUCCGGCAGCUCGCAAUCCGGACAGACCCCAGAGGAUCUGGAAGACCGGUCCUCUGCGUUCUAUUUCGAUAGCGAGAGCGGCAGCGGCAACGCCACUGGAUCAGAGCGAGCAGGCCAGGUCGUGACGCCAAGCGUUCCAGCGCCGACCUCGACUCCACCGCCGACCUCGACUCCGCCGCCGACCCCCACUCCGCCGCCGACCCCCACUCCGCCCUGGUCGCUGGGCGGAGACGAGGAGAGCGGCUCGGGUCACGGCGAGAGUCUUUACGACAACGAGACCUCCUCGGACUUCAGCAUCUCCGAGCGCACGGGACGCGAGUCGGAGAAAGAGGAGGAGCCAGUCGCAGACGUCAGCAACAGCAGCCACGAGUCUCGAGUGGCAUCCAUCAGGGAGGGCGAGAGGAAGGCCGCGGUUCCCCUGGCCAUCAUCUCCACCCUCACUGGCCUCGGCCUGGUGGUCCUCAUCGGCAUCCUGGUGUACUGGAGGGUGUGCUUCCAGACCGCUCACUUCUACGUGCAGGAAGGCUCCUCCCCACGAGUCCUCGCCACACCUGCUUUGACGUCAGACGAAGGCGAGGCGCUUCCUGUCCAAGAUUUUGUCCGACGCGUCGCCGAUCUCCACCAAACAUGCGGCUUCCCACGCAAGUUUGAACUACUGAAGGAGAGCUACGAGGAAGUGUGCGCGGCCAACGCGGCCAUGACCUCGGACAUCUCCAACCAUCCCGACAACAAGACGAAGAAUCGUUACAGCAACAUCCUGGCCUACGACCACAGUCGAGUGCGACUCCGCAGCAAGGACGGACGCAGCCGAGACUACAUCAACGCCAACUUUGUGGACGGCUUCAAGACCAGGCACUCGUACAUCGCAGCCCAGGGUCCCCUCAAGUCCAGCACCGACGACUUCUGGCGGAUGAUUUGGGAACAGAACGUGGGCGUCAUCGUCAUGAUCACCAACCUGGUGGAGAAAGGCCGGAGGAAGUGCGACCAGUACUGGCCGGCGGACGUGCACCAGGACUACGGCGGCAUCCUGGUGACGCUGAAAAGCACCCGCCAGCUCGCCAACUACACCCGCCGCACCUUCGCCGUGGCCAACGCGCAGGUCAAAAAGGGUUCUCAGAAGGGGCGGGGCUCGGAGCGGACGGUCACGCAGUACCACUACACCCGCUGGCCCGACAUGGGUGUGGCCGAGCACGCGCUGCCGCUGCUGACCUUCGUGCGCAAGUCGUCCCGGGCCAGGACGGCCGACAUGGGCCCGGUGGUGGUGCACUGCAGCGCGGGUGUGGGCCGCACAGGCACCUACAUGGUGCUGGACAGCAUGCUGAAGCAGGUGCGGGACGAGGGCGCCGUCAACGUGGACGGCUACCUCAAGCACAUCCGCACCCAGAGGAACUACCUGGUCCAGACCCAGGAGCAGUACGUUUUUAUCCACGACGCCCUGGUGGAGGCCAUCAACUGCGGGGAGUCGGAGGUGGCGGCGUCUCACCUGCACAGGUACGUGGACCAGCUUCUGACCCCGGGGCAGGACGGGAGGACGCCGCUGGACCGACAGCUGAAGCUGCUGAGUGGCGCCAACUCCAAGACCAGCGACGACGACGACGACGCGCUCGCUCUUCAGGAAAGCAACCGACACAAGAACAGAAGCGGCUCGCUGCUCCCGGUUGAGAGCUCCCGUGUGCGUCUGUCUACGUGCGCGGGCGACACGUCAGACUACAUCAACGCAUCCUACGUGACAGGGUACAAGCACAGCAAGGAGUUCAUCAUUACCCAAAAUCCUUUGCCACACACCCUCAAGGACUUCUGGAGGAUGAUUUGGGACCACAGCACACAUGUCAUCGUGUCACUGCCGGGACCACAACCCACUGAGGAGGAGGCGGCGGCCAUCUUUGGUCCGGGCCAAGGACAGCGUUUGGCGUACGAGGCGUUCACUGUCUCCCACGUGUCGGAGAAUCUGGUGUGCUUGUCCAACGAGGACCUGCUGCUGGUCCAGGACUUUGCGCUGCAGGCCACGCAGGACGACUACAUCCUGGAGGUGAGCGUCUACCGCGCCCCCUGCUGGCCACGCCCAGACAGUCCCAUCAGCAGCACCUGGGAGCUGCUGCACCUGCUCAAGGACACCAUCUGGGCCCAGGAAGUACCCACCGUGGUCCAGGACUGUGUGGGCGGAGUCACGGCAGGAACCUUCUGCGCUCUUUUGACCUUGAUGCGACAAGUGGACACUGAAGGUUCUGUGGACGUCUUCCAGGUGGCCAAGAUCACCAACCUAGCCAGACCCGGAACCUUCUCUGACCUCGAGCGCGUGCAGUUUGUCUACACGGCGCUGCUGAGCCUGCUGAGCACGCGGGAGGACGGCGCCGACGAGAGGGGCGUGGUCGCGCUGGCGAGGAACGCGGCGGCCGAGAGCCUGGAGUCUCUGGUGUGAUCGUCACGGCAACAAGAACCACUUUUUUUUUUUUUUUUAAAAGGACAGACUUUGCAAUGUUGGACUUUUUGGUCCUCAUGUGCCUUUUUUUUUCUUUCCUUCUUUCUACUGAACUUACUAACACGUCUGCUAAGAACUUUUUACUGGCAGCAACUUUCAUCUGUAAAUAAUCUCCUCUGGACCAAAUCUAUUUAUACUUUUAUUCUGACAUCUUUAUACUUCCCCUGUAGGCUUUUAUUCUGACAGCCAUUAAAGGACGUGUUGACAUAAUGUAGCUCUUCUUUA